AUGAGAGAAGCAGAAAGACCACAAGAGAAGCUGAAGAUUCACCAUAAUCAACAAAAGGAAGACCGAAGGAAAACUGGUAAGAACCAAAAUUCAAUAAGAAAAAAAAAAAAAAACAUACAUGCCACUGUAAUUGCUGAAAGAAUGCGAGAAGCAGAAAAACCACAAGAAAAGCCGAAAGAUUUAUCAUAA